AUGACCAUGAAGGGCGCCAAGACGGACGUGGAGUGGUUCUCCCCCGAGGAGCUGGCGGCCGCGCGCGAGGAAUAUUUGCAGGAGCAGGAGAAGGAGCAGCCGUCGCCCCAGGUCAAACUGCGCUAUGCCAUUGCAUUGGCAAAGAGCAGGAAGCGCGACGACAAGUACCGUGCAAUCGGGUUGCUCGAAGAUCUGCUGGAGCAGGGCUACGCCCCCAAGGAGAGUUUGUACUGGAUCGCGCUGACGCUGUGCGGACUGGGAGACUACCGCUCCAGCCGCAGCUACUGCGAGCGUUUGCUCCGGAUGGAGCCGUCACACAUGAAGGCGCAGCUACUACACAAGAGGAUCAAGGAGGUCGUCGCAAAAGAAGACAGCGUGGUAGGAGUGGGCAUUGUCGGGGCGGUGGUGGUGGCAGGACUAGCACUCAAGUUUUUGCUCAAGAGAUAA